AUGGUCGUGUUCACCUGCAGUGCCUGUGGAGAGUCGGUGAAGAAAGCACAGGUGGAGAAACACGUGAACAUCUGCAGAAACUGCCAGUGCCUUUCUUGCAUGGAUUGUGGCAAGGAUUUCUGGGGUGAUGAUUAUAAGGAACAUGUGAAGUGCCUAAGUGAAGACCAGAAAUACGGUGGAAAGGAUUUUGAAGCCAAAACUAACAAAGGAGAUGCUAAACAACAGGAGUGGAUUCAGAAAAUUCAUGAAGUAAUGAAGAAGCCAAACAUAAGCCCUAAAGUGCGGAAUGUUCUGGAGCAAAUGCGUGUCUUUGAUAAUAUUCCAAGAAAAAAAGUAAAGUUUCAGAAUUGGAUGAAGAACAGUUUGAAAAUUUCUGAUAGCACUUUGCAAGACCAGGUGUGGAAUAUUUUCUCUGAAGCAACCAGAAACAUUUCAAGUGAAAAAGAACAAGGCAAACCACAACAGAAACAAGAGGGGAAGUCUGCAGAAACUGGGGAAGAAACAAUGGCAGAAGAUAAUGGCACUGCAGAUGAUAAAAUUGAGAGGAAAAAGAAUAAGAGAGAACGAAAAGAAGAGAGACAAAAGAACCAAAAAAAGGAGAAAAAAGACUUGAAAUUAGAAAACCAAUCAGAAGUAAAAAAGAGCAAAAAGUCAAAAAAUGGAAAGGAGAGCUUGGAGAAUGAAUUUGAAAUAAAUGGAAAUGGCCAUCAGAGGGAACUGGAAGAGCAAACAAAUGUAAAGAAGCGCAAACAUAAACAUGCAGAAGAGGAACCUCAUGUCACAACAAAGAGAAAGAAAACUGAAAACACCUCAGAAGACUUGGAAACAGAAAACACCAAUGGCAGUGAAGAACAUGUGGGAACGGAUAAAGGUAAAUUCAACUGGAAGGGAACCAUCAAAGCUGUUCUGAAACAGGCUCCAGACAAUGAAAUUUCAAUUAAAAAACUAAGAAAAAAGGUUAUAGCUCAAUAUUAUGCAGUAGCUGCUGAGCAACACAAAUCAGAAGAGGAUAUUUUAGUCAUAUUUAACAAGAAAGUGAACAACAAUCCCAAAUUUAAAGUUUUAAAGGACAAAGUUAAACUCCUGAAAUAA